CCCAAGCCCUAUCUCCUGUGCCAGAGCUCUGGUUGGUUUUUCUCUUCCUCCACCUAGCGGCGAUCGAUCGCGAUGGGUGUGCGUAUUAGAUUUGCGCGUUUUGGGAGGAAGAAGCUGCCGUUCUAUCGAAUCUACGUUGCCGAUAGCCGCUCCAAGCGUGACGGGAGAUUUCUGGAGAAUGUGGGCUACUACAAUCCCAUUACUGGAAAGGAUGGUGAGAAGCAAUUUGCGCUCAAAGCGGACCGAGUCCAGUACUGGCUCUCGGUUGGAGCUCAGCCUUCCAAUGCCGUGGCAAGGCUUCUGGCACGAACAGGCAAUCUUCCAAGCGCUUAUCCUCGGGGGCCGCCCGAGUCAUCGUCGCCAUCGCCACUGGCAACACUCUCGCCGGACGACAAGCCCGACGUGACCAUCACUGCCAAGCUCUCCUCCGCCUCCUCGGCUCCGAUGCUCGCUUCCAGGAUUCUGUGCUUCUGCUGACGCCGACGAACACAAGAGAAGAAGAAAAUUAAGAACUCCGCCUAGAGAGUUGCGUAGCACGGCCACUUUGGUUCGUUCCUCGGGCAUUCAUGCUUUGUGUAGCUUUUGACUUCCAGCGAAACGCAGGCAAAAAAUUUCUAAGAUUUACAAAGUCACUCUCUCACACUUCGUACACGCAACGCAUGUUUUGGCGAAAUCUCUCCUUUAAGAAAGCCAUUCCUUUCACUGUA